AUGUUUGGAAGUAAUCAAGAGAAUAUUACACACGAACAGUAUCCUCUUGACAAGUAUUUGAACUUAAUUAAGGAACCUACUACUAAUGAUCCUCGAAUUAUUCAAACAACUAAAAAUUCUUUCCUUGAUUGUCAAAUAUUUAAGCAUUCUCCAGAAAUAAAGAAGCUAUUUGCCUCCAAAGAGAUUUUAGCUUGCAAUUUCAUUCCAGAAUAUCAAGUAUUUUGGGUAUCUUCAUCAUCAUUGUUUUACUUGAUUUCAAAUGAUUCUAAAAUUAUCUUCAAAUCUAAAACAAGAUCCCCAAUUAUUACAGCAUUCAGCUACACAUUCGAAAAUAGAAAUCUGUUAAUACUUUCGAGACAAAAUUCAAUUUCAAUUUUAGAAAAAAUUAAAGAUACAUACAAUCAGAUCGAAGUCAAAUGCACUAUGCCAUAUGGCCUCAAUGUUACUUGCGGUUAUAAGGAGUAUUUAGGCUGCGAAGACGGUUUAAUUCGUAAAUUUAAUUUAAUCCCAUUAAACAACUCUGGACUUAAGGUUGUUGUCGAUGAUAUAUCAGUAAAGACUGAGAAAACACCAGUCAAAUACAUCUUUGAAACGCCAAAACACAUUUGGUCAGCAUUAGUUUCAGGAACUAUCAUCAAAUAUCGAGUAUCCAAUGGCAAAUUGGUCGAAGAAUACAAUGAAAACCUCGGAAAUAUUACUUGCAUCAAAGUUUUCCAUAAUUUCCUGAUUAUCUACAGAUCAAACUGUUCCUACUACGCAAUAGAUGUUAACGCUAACCCUAAGAACCCAAGGCCGACCUAUUUUAUGACAAAUUUGGAAAAUUAUCUUGGAUUUGAUUUAUUUUCUAACGCUUGCUAUGCCAAUGGCCUGUUUGCUGGUUUGCAUUCUGUCAAACAGGGCAAUGACAAGCUUUUCGUCGUAAAAUCUCCAACAGAAAAAGAAAUUUAUCUUUGGAAAGCUCCAGAAUUCGGAAAAAUCCAAUGUUUGACACAAGAUUCUGACAAUAUUUCACUUGUAUUAUUCACAACUAAGGGAAUUGUCAGGAUUUCUGAGAAAAUUUCCAAUCAUAUAAAUGAGAUUCCUUGGAUUCUUGCCAGAUACAUCACAAACUCGAUAUGGCAGCCCUCUUCAGGCCGUGCAUUACAGAAAGUCAUUCAAGACUUCUCUAAUUUCUCAAAUAAUGUCAAAAUUCCAGCAGAUCUCUCCAAAGACACAGAAAGGUACAUUAAUUCUCUUCUUCAAGUUGUGAAUUCUGUCACAUCUGAUAGAGACCAGAACAAAUCUGUCUUCUCGUUCAUUUUCGACUUCCUUCAGACAAGUCACAUCACCGUGCCACUUAUAACAUCCACUGUCACAGACAACGUCCUCAAGUCAUCUCCAGACGAAGCUGCCGCUGCUUCUGAAGCCGCACAUGCAGAUAUCGAGAGGAAAUUCAUUGAACCUCUUCUCAAGAGAGAUAAGGACAGUAUCAGCGAUAAAGCGCCAGAAAAUCCGAUGUUGGUCAAGGUCGCAAUCAAACUUAUUGAUGAAUGGCUGGCUGAGAGACCUCCGAACAGAUCUCAGCUCGAAUCUCUUAGAGAUCAACUUUAUGACUCAAAUUGCCAAUUUGUAUCAGAUGUAAUAUGA